AUGCUCGCAGACAAGCAGGCUAUAAGAACCGAUUGUCGUACAACCGGACCCAAGUUAUCUACUCCUAAUGAAGUCUUUGGCCUAGCUAGUGGUAAGGACUAA